AACUGAGGAGGAAAUUUCAGCGUACUAGUGGCGCAAAGAACCGAUUGUGAGUGAGAGUUUUCGUUGAUCGGAGCAAAAGAUGUCGGGAGUCACCAACAACGAAGAAGACAAGAAGCCUGCCGGAGAUCAAGGCGCACAUAUCAACCUGAAAGUGAAAGGACAGGAUGGAAAUGAAGUUUUCUUUAGGAUCAAACGAAGCACACAGCUUAAGAAGCUGAUGAAUGCAUACUGUGACAGGCAGUCUGUUGAGAUCAACUCCAUUGCUUUCUUGUUUGAUGGCCGCCGUCUUCGUGCAGAGCAGACGCCAGAUGAGUUGGAGAUGGAGGACGGUGAUGAGAUUGACGCGAUGCUGCACCAGACAGGUGGUGGUGAUUUGUUGUGGUUCCAGAACAUAUAAACGGAAGUUGAGCUUUAAGCUUUUAGUUUUCUAGUUUGGAGUUUAACUGUUGUGUAUCUAUCUAAUAACUCAAAUGAUGUGCCAUUUUACCUUAAUCACCAUGGUUAUGCUUUUAUAUCCGUACAAAAUUGUUGCA